AUGAAGAAGACUGACAGGAAGCCUGCCACGAGGAUCAGUGAGCAAGGUGCCCCCUGCGCCCCACCCUCCCACAGUCCAAGAGAUCUUCAGAAUAUGUUGGAUGGAGGAGAGUAUGCCCCUUUUGUAUCUCUUCCCAUGUUAGAGAGCACUUUUAUCCAGGUCAACAGGAGAGGUGAAUCCAUUUACCUUCAUAACCGAGCCAACUGGGUGACUGUAGGCAUUUGCUCUUUCAGUCGCACCCACAAGACCCCGGACGUGAUGCUGCUGGCGCAUCUGACACCCGCUGCCCAGAAAGAUACAGAAUCCGUGUUUCAAAGUCUCCUGACCUCUCCUUCUCCAGAGAAACUGGUGCUCACCAGGUUUCUCCCUCUGCAGUUUGUGACUCUUUCUGUGCACGAUGCUGAGAAUAUGCUCCUCAAAGUAAAGCUGGUGAGUGGCCGAUCCUACUACCUACAGCUCUGUGCCCCUGCUUGCAAACAGGACACGUUAUUUUCUCAAUGGGUGGAAUGCAUCUCCCUCUUGAAUCAGGAGAAAGCCAAAGCCUCUAAAAUGUCAGAAGUCUCAAGCCUCUCGCAAAUCACAAAUAGGACAGACAUCAGAGGCUCAGUGGACAUCAUGAAUAUUGCAGCAGUCGCUGCUGUACAGACCUCACAGGUGUACACAGACCCCGUAAGUGCUAUAGAAAGCAUUGAUUUCUCAGAAUUAACAGACAUCACUGACAUCACCGACGUCACAGAUGUUCCAGAAAAGGAAGCCGUGGAGGCCCCAGAUGUAAACAUUUUCACAGAAGUCACAGAAGUCACAGACCUCCAUCAUGUCACAAACAGCUCGGGGGUCAGAGUGGUGUUUGAAAAUGAUGACAUACUAAGGGCCAAGCAAGAGGAAAAGGAAAAAAUGGAAAACAUGCUGAAGCCUGGGUGUCUACAAGAUACAAAAAGAAAGAGUGAGCUAAAAGAAUGCUCAAAACGCGUCACCAUCUCAAAUAUAACACUGACUUUUGAAGGUGAAAGAUGUUUUCAGACUACCUUGGCUCCAGAAGAAAGUGAGACAAAUACCUUCAAAGAGAUGAGUGAUAGAACCUCUGAAAUAUGUACAACUGAUAUUAAAAGCACUGCUCUCAAGGCUGAAGAAUCCAGGGGCAUGAGAACUGUUUCAGACACUUCAGGUAUGGAACAAAUUCCAUUACGUUUCUUAGUGAUCCUUGGUAUCUGGUAG